AUGGGUUUGGAAUCAGCCGGAGCAAGUUUUGCCGUAUUUCAUAAUGGAAAAUUGGUCGUAGAUCUAUGGGGUGGAGUGAAUGAUCGACAAACCGGUCAAAUGUGGACUGAAAACACAAUGUCGAUUUUGUUUUCUACCACAAAAAGUAUAACUGCCACGAUCCUUGCAGUAGUUAUGGAUCAAGAAAGUGUGCCCUACAGUCGGAAAGUGUCCGAUUUCUGGCCAGCAUUCUCCAAAAACGGAAAACAGGACGUCACAAUUAUGGACGUCGUCCUCCAUCAGGCCGGGUUACCGUAUACCAAACGUGUGAUUAGCAGAGACGACGUCCUCGACUGGAGGCGAUUGAGUGAAUAUUUCGAGGCGGCGACACCAAUUUGGACACCCGGCACCCGAACUGGUUACCAUGCACUCACAUUCGGGUUUUUGAUCGAUCAAAUUGUACGACGAAUCGAUUCGAGAAAACGAAACGUCAGUGACAUUUUAGAGAAGAUUUUGAGAGAAUACGGAAUCUCCGAUCUUUCUAUUGGUCUGCGUCAAGCCCGUGAUAACGAUCGCGUUGCAACAUUAUUGUACCCCGGGCACCUGCAAAUCAACGCUGAAGGUAGCAGAGAUUCCGAAGUGUUGAGAAAGUGGAUGGCGGGCGAUAACGAACAUAACGAAAAGCUCUAUGAAACAUGGCCAUGGAUUAAAACCAACGACUACAAUAUUUUGGAUAAUCGGCUUCUUCCAAUGCCGUCAAAUAUGGGAAUCGGCAACGCUCGGUCGUUGGCUCAUUUUCAUUCUCUCCUCUCUGAGCGACGAAUUCUCAGCGAUGCAUUUUAUAAGCAUCUUGAAGAACCGACGCUUCACAACGAAUUCGAUGAGACGAUUGGGUACGCAGAGAAUAAAGGAUACGGUUACCAAUUCACGAAAAAUCCAGCAGGUCAGUGGAUUUUUGGACAUUCGGGAUUCGGUGGACAAAACGUGCGUGUGGACCUACACAACAACUUGUCGUACGCUUACGUCUGUAAUGGUCUUAAGAUCUCCGACGCUGACCACGUCGAGCCAUGGCGGUUACUGGUUGAUAAGAUGUACUCGUCCCUUCUAUGA